GUUAGACACGCCGGACCGUCACCCCAGCCCCUUUAUGCGGGGUAUUUACCUGGGGGGGCAUAAAGGGAUCCUCUCGAUAUCAACCCGACCUGCCGCCCUCUCGGUCCAGCUGCCGAUCUCCCCGUUCCCACCACGUCGAGGCUUGAACCCAGUCCACACGACAAAGCGUCAGAAUCAUGGCGUUCCCUCAUCCCGGCGGCGGACCGCCCUUCCAUCAUGCUCAGUUCGAGUCGUGUGUGCGUUACUUCCUGGACCACGCGCAACACACGGGCCCGGUGCAGGCCGUCGCCGCCUUCAUCAACAUCCAGCUGCCCUUCCAGAAGGCGCACAACCCGACCAUAUCGUCGAGGCCCACGGCGUCGCCACCCACGCCCCUGGGACCGGGCGGGGCAGCAGGAGUCGGGCCUUCGUCCGCUCGGGCGGCCGGGAAGCUGUCACUGGGCCUGCCGCAGCCGUCCGGGAUGCUGGGAGAGGCGGACCCGCGACAUGUGGCGCAGGCGGUAUCGUACUGCACCCUGACGCCCUACAUCCGACGGCUUGUGGCCACCGGCUUCGACGUCCCGGCCGUCCUUCAUGGCUUCUUCGGGGACGACUGGGCCAUCGGGGUCGGGCCGCUGCACGAGGCUGAGCGCCGCAACUACCUCUUCGCGGCCAAGAGCGACAGCUGGCUCCGAGUCAAGACAAGUUACGACAUGGAUGAGGGGCAGAUGGUCCCCUUUCUGAAACCGCUUCAGAACGUCACCGAGCUUGAGAUCCAGGGAGCAGAGGCCAGCUGGAGUGAGUGGUUGGCCAUGCAGGACUGGAUGCUCGGACCCCGCGCCCCUGUCGACGACGGCGCCCAGCAGGUUGGCCAUGGGGGUGUCAACAUCAAGCGCGAGGAGGAGUGAUUGGUGGAAGCCUAUCUUGGUUAUUUUUUUUUUUUUUAUCUUCUUUCCGGAUGUGUUGUCAGCUCAGACUCAAGACAUGGAAAAGACGAGGACCAGGAACCACCUGUAAGGGAGGGUCCUGUUUCCGCAUCCCAGCUUGUCUGCGCGGGAUACUAUCCUUGUCUGGCUUUGGUUUGCUCCGUUCAGGACAAGUCGGAAGCGGGACUGCACCACGGUGUAGUCACCCAUGGUAGCAUGGGGUGACUGCACAUAGUGGAGGCUACCGCUGAGCCAGCUCGCUUGCGUCCGAGAGAGGAAGGAGGGGAGGUAUAGGUCAGGCAAAGGCGCCGUCUAGCUCCGCUACUAUCCCUUUGGCGAUACUCGGGCUGCCUAGGCCCAGCUUGUGUCAGUGUAUUUGUACGACGGCUCGGGACUCAUUGGGUGGCGUUGGCGGAAGGUUGUGGAUUGUGCCGAGUAGCAGUCCUCUUUUGACUAGGCGAUCAUCCCUUUCGUUUGAACCCGUUUUUAUUCUGGCUUUUUCUUUCCUCGAGCUGAGAGCUUCACGUCUGUUGGUCAUGAAUUUGAUAUCAUGCUUCCUCG